CAGCUCAUCAGUCUGGCGUUGAAGACGGUGGCUGGACCUCCGUAAGUCUUCCAUCUGCUCUUCAACGCCUUGCAACCACUCUUCAGUCUCUUCUAUCCACAAUAUUCGCGCGGUCCACGGCUAGCAGGGGGCGUGUGACGACAGGCGUGCCUGCCUCAUCUUCUUCGGCCCUCGAAAACUUUUCCAGGCAGCAGAGUUCACCUCGCAACACUGUGACACACCCACCACACAAAAUGUCGUCACAGCCUUACUACAACAAGGUGUCGGCUGUAGUCACGACUCAGCAUGACCUCGAACUCAUGAUGUUCACAGCCAAUGCACCACAUGACCGCAACCGAUUCCGCCGGUCUGCCGAAAAGGAAGCCGAGAACGAUGCCCUCCGAAAGGAUAUAGCUGCCAUGGAAGCCGAGCUGGCUGCCCCGGUAGUCAAACCGAAGUCCGCUUUGCUGGAGGCUGUCGGAUCAUACAUUGAUGUUUCACUGGAACUAGAGGAGGCAAACGAGAAGUUGGAGGCGGUCUUGUCGAUGGGUGGCAUCGACGAGAUCAAGAAGCAGAUGAAUGCGGUCCCAUCGGUGGGUGUCAUCGAUGAGAUCACGAAGAAUGCGGUCCCGUCGGUGGGUGACAUCGACGAGAUCACGAAGCAGAUGGAGAUAGGCAGAAUGGUCUCGGCGAUAGGUGACACUGACAAGAUCAAACAGCAUCUGGAAAUGGCAAGGGCGAUCUUGGUCUUUGGUAACCCGGAGAAGAUCCGGACGCACCUGGGGCUCGGCAAGAUGCUCGAAUCAAUAAGUGACCCUGACCCAGCCGUGAUCCGGAAGCAGAUGGAGGACAUAAAGCGUCACGGUGGCCUCGACGCAGCGAACCAGAAACUCACAGAGCACACGAGGCUCAUUGCUGCUGUCAGACGAACGUGCAACCGAUGCCGUGUCGAGACUUUGGCGGAUGUUGACGACUUCGUCAAUCAAUACACGAAGAUUGUAGAAGAAACCUGCACAUGGGUUUUGAGCUACACAACUGCCAACAGCCAACAAAAUGGCAUCGAGGGUGCCACUGAAGACUUGGUCGCCUGUCUCAAAUCUGGAGCUCCUACUUGGCUGCCGCAAUUCGUCCAGGCACUGUCAAACAAAGAACUGGCUGCUAGUGCACGCGUGCUGGCUCUGGAAGAGCAAGAAAAGAAACUGAUGAAGCUCGUAACUGGCUUCCAUGCGCAACGAGAGGACCUGCUGCAUGAAAUACGUACCUGGGAGAAGAUCGGGAAUGCCAUACCGGCUCGCAACUAGACGAAUGCCGAAAAUGCUGCCUUGCUAGUUACCUGUGCCAUUUAUCUUUCAUAGACUGGUAUCAACAAGCACAUAUACACAUGCUCUUCUCUCAUUUCGCUAGCUGUUGUCUCAGAGGCUGGCCUGUACUAAGGACGUUGCGGCUAAUGUCAGUCAGUGUCGAGCUCUACCAUCCAAGCACUAGCCUGAUGCAGGCUCAACAUGUGGACUGUAAGGCUCAAGAACAUGAUUCGCGUUGAGUCACGCACCUGUACGUAUGCGUCCUCAAUCAGCGCAGCUCACGGUGAACUGGCCUAGCGUGACCCGUUAGCCCCACUCUUAUAACUCGAGCUUCACCUGCACACUUGCUCCUUCCACACGCACACCAUACGUGACACCACAAAAAUGUCGCAAUACAACAACAACGGGCGGCCGCCCUUCUCAAACAGGCCAAACCGAGGUGGCUAC